AUGUCCUGGGCCUGGGUUGAAAACCCAGUUGGCGUCAGUAAUAAUAUUGUUGGAGUUAGUAACUAUGUGGUCGUUGUAAGUAACUAUGUGGUCGUUGUAAGUAACUAUGUGGUCGUUGUAAGUAACUAUGUGGUCGUUGUAAGUAACUAUGUGGUCGUUGUAAGUAACUAUGUGGUCUGUGUAAGUAACUAUGUGGUCGUUGUAAGUAACUAUGUGGUCGUUGUAAGUAACUAUGUGGUCGUUGUAAGUAACUAUGUGGUCGUUGUAAGUAACUAUGUGGUCUGUGUAAGUAACUAUGUGGUCGUUGUAAGUAACUAUGUGGUCUGUGUAAGUAACUAUGUGGUCUGUGUAAGUAACUAUGUGGUCGUUGUAAGUAACUAUGUGGUCGUUGUAAGUAACUAUGUGGUCUGUGUAAGUAACUAUGUGGUCGUUGUAAGUAACUAUGUGGUCUGUGUAAGUAACUAUGUGGUCUGUGUAAGUAACUAUGUGGUCGUUGUAAGUAACUAUGUGGUCGUUGUAAGUAACUAUGUGGUCUGUGUAAGUAACUAUGUGGUCGUUGUAAGUAACUAUGUGGUCGUUGUAAGUAACUAUGUGGUCGUUGUAAGUAACUAUGUGGUCUGUGUAAGUAACUAUGUGGUCGUUGUAAGUAACUAUGUGGUCGUUGUAAGUAACUAUGUGGUCGUUGUAAGUAACUAUGUGGUCGUUGUAAGUAACUAUGUGGUCUGUGUAAGUAACUAUGUGGUCGUUGUAAGUAACUAUGUGGUCUGUGUAAGUAACUAUGUGGUCUGUGUAAGUAACUAUGUGGUCGUUGUAAGUAACUAUGUGGUCGUUGUAAGUAACUAUGUGGUCUGUGUAAGUAACUAUGUGGUCUGUGUAAGUAACUAUGUGGUCUGUGUAAGUAACUAUGUGGUCUGUGUAAGUAACUAUGUGGUCUGUGUAAGUAACUAUGUGGUCGUUGUAAGUAACUAUGUGGUCUGUGUAAGUAACUAUGUGGUCUGUGUAAGUAACUAUGUGGUCGUUGUAAGUAACUAUGUGGUCGUUGUAAGUAACUAUGUGGUCGUUGUAAGUAACUAUGUGGUCUGUGUAAGUAACUAUGUGGUCGUUGUAAGUAACUAUGUGGUCUGUGUAAGUAACUAUGUGGUCUGUGUAAGUAACUAAAAUAUGGGGUUGGAGUCAUUGACUAUGUUUUUGGCGUUAGUUACUAUGUGGUCAGCGUCAGUAACUAUGAAUAAGGUGUCAGGAGCGAAGUCGAUGACGUUUUAACUAAGAUGUGGGCAUCAAUUACUAUGGUGUCGGCGUCUUUUACUGUGUUUUCGGUCAGUAACUUUAUGGUUGGCGUCAGUAAUUAUAUUCUUGGCGUUAGUAAAUAUGUACUCGGAGUCUGUAAAUAUGUGAAUAUGUUGUCGGCGUCAGUUUCCACAUGGUCUGGGUCUGUAACUAUGUAAUAGGUACCUGUAAAGUAAUUAGUCCGGCGUCACAAGUUACCCGAAACAACCAAUCUACUCUCUUGAUUGUACUACUACUACUCGUCUACACCGCCACCCAGCCCUCCCCCAGCCCUUUCCCCCUGUCAGUUGUGGGUCUAAGAAUAUUGGGCGAGAAUGAUAAUUGAAACGUGAUUUCUAUUAGAGACGUUUAUUUGUCUGCUGAAUUAGAGACAAUGAACCUUUGUGUUCAGCAAUUAUCUUCUCUUUGGAGUCAAUUUAUUACAAAAAGUUAUAAAGUCUUGCUGUGAUGUGAAGUCUACAUGCAAUUCUCGAGGUGACCAGACAUUGUGGAGAAACUGAGCCAUUUGGACUUACCCUGUGUACUGAAAUAGAACUGUGUACUGAAAUAGAGCUGCUCACUUCUGAUUCACCAAUGAAGGCUGUUCUUAUAACCUUUGUGACUUUACUGUGUAUCUCUACAAUGAUGCUUCCAAACGCAAUCAUGCCGAGACUUUCAGUUGCUGGAAGCCCCUUCAUGUCAUUUGGAUGGGAGAGCGAUACCGAAAGAGAAGCCAGAGAUGCUCAAGAUGAACAAUAUCCUCGUUAUGAACAGCAUAGCGGUGAAGAACCCAUAGAAGAUUAACAGUUCGUUUGUAAGGUCAAGGCAAGACCCGGUGUAACCUUUUAAAGUCACUCAUGAAAUAACAUCUACAACAUUUUGGACAAAAAAAAUGAAAAGCGGAAACCAAAUUUUUCAUAUACUUUUUAGAUUUUACAAUUUGACAUCCCUAACUUUCAAUUGAACAAAUGUUUUAAAGUCUGAUGAAAUAAAAGUACAUCAGUA